AUGUCCACCGAUGCAAGAGAUGUCGACGAGAAGCUGGACGACAACCUUCUGGCCGCUCUUCCCGAGGGUGGCGAGGUGGUCUCAGUCAAGCCGUCGGGCAUGAGCGACUACUGCAACACCUACAGGAUCGAGGUCAAGCUACCGGAUGGCAGCUCCAAAGUCUUCUUCGAAAAAGAAGCCGCGGGCGCCGAAGGCCUCGAGCUCAUGAAGUCGGCGUUCACAUCCGAGUCCACAGCCUACGAAUUCAUCCCCGAACAUGUCCCCCGCCCAGUCAGCAUGGGCACGUAUGCGUCGCGCCCGGACACGCACUUCUUCCUGGCCGAGUUCAUCGAGAUGGUCGAGGACGACAUCCCGCGGCCAGAGUCGUACAUGACCGCCGUGGCCGCCCUGCACAGCCGCAGCAUGGGCAAGUCGCCCACGGGCAAGUUCGGCUUCCCCGUCAACACGCGCUUCGGAAACCUCGAGCAGGACAACAGCUGGACCGACACCUGGGAGGAGUACUGGACCCGGCAGAUGCGGGACUUCCUCGAGCGGGAGGACGCCGCCCACGACGGCGAGCCGCACGAGGAGCUCGAGAGGCUGCGGCCGCUGUUCUUCGACAAGGUGCUGCCUCGGUAUCUGCGUCCCCUGGAGAGCGACGGCCGUUCGGUCACGCCGUGUCUGAUUCAUGCGGAUCUCUGGCCGGGUAAUGUCAAGUACAUGACUGACGGGGAGACGGUGUGCGUUUAUGAUGCGUGUGCUAUGUGGGGCCACAAUGAAGUCGACCUCGGCGUCUUCCGCAACCCGAGAUACCCUCUGGGUAAGCCGUACUUGAAGGAGUACUGGAAGCAUAUCCCCAUAUCUGAGCCGGAAGAAGACGCCGACAGCCGCAACACCCUCUACAUGUUGCGGAACCAGAUUCUGUUGUCGACCUUGUACCCCCACGAUAAGAAGUUGCGCGAGAUUUUCGUAAGCAACAUGCGACUAUUGGUGGACCGUGUACUGGAGGAGGAAGCUGCUCAGGGCCAGGCAAUCCAGUCCCAUCUUUGA